UUUGCAUAUGCUAUCAAGUUGGCAGGGCUGGCAUUCGGUCUUGCUUCGCCACAAAAAAAAAUUUUACACUAAAAUUUUGUAAAAUCAACGAAAACUUACAAGUGCAAGCAAUUUGUGAGGCUAUUGUACACACAAACCCAUAGCGAAACGUUGCCUGCAUUACGUUAACAACAACGGUACACAACUAUUAUUGCAAAGCGCAGCGUGUUCUCUGGUUUAUUGUUGGUGUGGUGUAAGCAAGCGGAGGAGAAACGAUCGAACUACAAAAUUUCUACUACGACGACCGCCAAAGGAAGCAGAGCACUCUCAACCCAUUCUACACCCCGCCCAAACGCCAACGAAGGUGGCAACGACAAUAACAACAUCAAGCAACGGCAUUGUGGCAACUUCCCCGCCCUCCAAGUAGUAAACAAAAGUCAAGCAACAAAAUAAACUAGCAAACAUGGAUGUGUUUCUAAUGAUCAGAAGGCAGAAAACAACCAUUUUUACGGAUGCCAAGGAAAACACAUCAGUUGUUGAACUGAAACGCAUGAUCGAAGGCAUCUUGAAAGUGCCACCAGGCGAUCAGCGAUUAUAUAAUCAGGACAAUGACAUCAUGGAGGAUGAGAAUACGCUGCAGGAUUACGGCGUUACGGUAUCCACGGCAAAGGCGCAAGCUCCAGCGCAAUUGGGUUUAAUGUGCAGGAAUGAAAUGGGUGAUUUUGAGACGCUUGAUAUCACACCAUACUCAGCACCGCCGGACUUACCAGAAGUGAUGAAGAACCAAGAGGCCUCAAAUGGACAAGAACAAGUCGCAUAAACAAAACUAUCAAAAGCGAAACAUUCAACAAACAAGAUCAACAGCAACAGCAAACAAUUCAAUCAAUCAAUCAACUGCUGCAUGCGAGAGAUAAAAAUUAAAAUGUUGAAAGAGUCAAAUUUUUACUAUCGUAACGCUCGCUUGUUUUUUCCCCUAAAAACAACAAAGUCAAAAACGCUGCAAAACAUGUUUCUACUCUGCCUGGUCAAAAAACAUCAACAAACAAACAUCAAACAACUACAAACACAAGAGAAACAUAAAAGCAAACAUCAUGAAAAGCUAACAAAAAAUAUCUAUGCAUUUUUUUUCGUUGAUUAUAUAGCAAGGAACAAUUUAAUUAAUUAACAUAAUGCAAACAAAUUUUUGUAAAUUGGAAUAGGAUUUAUCAUCUUCUCUCUAUUUUUGGUUGUUUAUUUUUUUAUUAUAAAAUUUCUACGAAUUUGUUUAAGUCAAAAAAAUGGAAAAGUUCUGUAUGGAAAAAAGUUACACUUCAAAAUAGCUUCUAAUAACAAACAAUAGCAAACAA